AUGUAUUCCUGUCCGGUGGCAGGUUGUGGGCAUCGCUAUGAAGCGCAGUCGUCCUUGGCCGUGCACUAUCACAGUCAUUUUGUGAAGGAAGGAAGAGGAAGAGCAAUUUACGUCGAAACAAUGGGUUCUCAGACAGACCAAGUACUGACAAAGGAUGUUGGGCUCGAUCCGGUCCAGGAAUUGGCAGACUCAUGGGAUAAAGUAGUUUCGGAGGCGAAAAGUGUUAAAAGCGAUGAGAAAAAUUCGCAUCCAGCAUCGCCACGACCAAAAUUAUCGAAAACACUUACUAAUCAUGAGGAACAAAGCAUCAACGAGCUGUUCAAGGUGGUUGCGCAAAAGGCCGAAACAAGCAGUAGCAUUGGUAAAACUGAAGAAAAGAAGCAAGUGAUCACUGAUACCCCGAGAAUUAGCAGCAAAACCUUUGGUGCCUUACUAGCUGACGCCGAUGAUGAGGCUGUGAAGGAUGUACCGUCAACUGCUCUGGAUGCCAUCCGCAAAAUGGUGACAGAUAACGAAACCGAAAUAGCAGGCGCACAUGAACAGCAAUCAGCAGCAGUCAUCACCACAGCUCCGGCAUCGAGGUUUCUUGCAGUGUUUUACUCUCUCUUUACCUUCUUUUAUUGGUUGGAGCAGAUCGAAAAUGAUCCGUAUUGA